AUGGCCGGCGAUCACAAGUGUCCAGUCUGCCAGUCUACCUUCACCCGCCCGCAGCAUGUCGCUCGGCACAUGCGCUCCCACACGGGCGACCGCCCAUACAAAUGCCUGCACUGCGGCGACCAGUUCGCCAGGAGCGAUCUCCUCUCGCGACACGUCAACAAGUGCCACGCGGGCGCGAAGCCGCCCACCACCACCGCGCCCAGCCGCCGCAAAGGCCCCGCCGCCGCCUCCCGCGCCACCACCUCCAAGCAGGCCUGCGACCAGUGCGUCCAGUCCAGUCUCCCCUGCGACGGCUCCAAUCCCUGCUCAAAAUGCGUCCAGCGCAAAUGCCGCUGCACCUACGUCAAGUUCCACCGCCAAACCGCGCCGCAAGGCCCAGGCCACCCCGUCCCCACCACCAGCGCGCUCCCAGGCCGCCCCCAGCCGUCGCUAGACGACUUCGUGCUCGCCCCACCGCCGCCGCCGCCGCCGCCUUCCUCGCACUUCACCUUCCCCUCCGCGUACCCCCCGCCCGAGUACCUCGCGCAGCCCGGGCCAUCGCUCUACCCCGCACAGACCUACUCGACGCGCGAGAGCCCGGCGCCGAGCGCGGAGGGCUCGCCGGACCUGAUGGCGCGCUACCAGGCACAGGCGCAGGCGGAGCUCUUUGGCCACGGCGCGAUGGGCAUGCCUGCCCCCGCCCCCGCCCCCGCCCCCGCGGACGCGCUCCCGGGGAUGUUCGACCCGCAGGGCGUGCAGUUCGGGCGGUACGCGCUGCCGGUGGCGCCCGCGUGGCCGGCGUACCACGUUGCGGAGAAGCCGCCGCCGCCGGCGCAGUCGCAGUACGAGCAGUCCUUUCGGGACGGCGGGGAGGCGAUUCCGGCCCAUCCUCCCGCGCAGCACGCACAUGGGCACGCCUACCGCGGACGCGCGCGCGCACACGUCUUUGGGGGGAUAGACGGGUAUGCGGGCGCGCGCGAGCGGGAGGGGAGCGAUGGGGGGUACGAGGGCUCGAUCGCGAGCAGCCGCAACUCGAGCAGCGUGCACUUGCCGUUGCCUGAGCAUGCGCACCAGGGCCAGCAGCAGCAGCAGCAGCAGCAGAGGUAUGAGGAGUACCGCGUGCGCGCGGACGGGGCGGGCGAGGGCGGGUUCUCGAGUGCGUUUGGGCUGAUGUCGCUGGACGACCCGAAUGUGCUCGCGGGGCUCGCGGGGGACGCGUCGCCGUUCUUUGCUGCGCUCCCGGGCGCGCACCCGAGUCAACACGCGAAUCCGAACCAGAACCAGAAUCAAGGCCAGAGCCAGAGCCAGAGCCAGAGCCAGAAUGGGGGAGGGAUGGCGACGCCGGAUUUUCUGGCUGCGCUCAAGAGCGGCGGGCCGCGCGAGGAUAACAAGGAGAUGAGAGAUUUUUGGAAGAUGUAUAUGAGGACGCCGCCGACGGGCCCUGGCCCGGGACCUGGGCUGGGAAACGCGAACGCGAACGCGAACGGGAACGCGAACGGGAACGGCGCGUCGGUGCUCGCGCUCGCGACGCCGACGGGGGCGGUGCGCAGGCACUCGCGCGUUGCGAGCCUGCCGAGCAUGAAGACGCCGCCGGAGCCCGGGUACGCGGGGCACGGGCACGGGCACGGCGGGGAGGACCUGACGAGCUACGAGGAGGCGGUGCUGGCGCGCCGGGCGCCGAUGACGCUGAACCUUGUGCCGAAGCGGAAGAUGACGGCGCCGGCUGCGGCGGGGUUCGGUGCGGGGGGGCGGAGCGUGAGUGCGGGCGCGGGCGCCCCGUUGGUGAAUGGGGGGUCGGCGCUUGCGAAUGUGUUUGUGGGCGAUGGGCAGCAGGGCUAUGGGGUGGGCAGCCACGUGCGGGGACAGGCUCCGCUGCCGCCGCCGCCGCACCAACAGAGCGAGGCUGGCGAGGCGGACGGGGUGCCUGCGUAUCGGCCUUCGUUCAAGCGGCUUGCGUCGCAGACGUUGGGCCCCGAGUGCGCGAAACGGGCGCUGCUUGGUCCGGCGGGGUGGGACGAUGAAGAUGAGGGGGACGACGGGGGAGGGGAGGAGGAUGGGGAGGACGAGAUGGAGGUGGUGGGCGGUGAGGAGAGGAGGCAUGGGUCGGGGGGUGCGAAGAUGCGCAGGCCGAUGGUGAGCAUCGCGGAGCGGCGGCGGAGGAUGAGCUGCCCCACGGGCGCGGAGGGCGGGCCGCCACUGCAGCCGCAGAGGAUGAAGAUUGGGAGAUUGGGAGGUGGGGCGGGGUGGGGAUGGGAGCCGGAGAUCGAUCUUGCUGUGGGUCUGGACCCUGGACCCUUGGCCUGUGGGGUGGGUGUGUGUGUGUAUGUGGGUCCACGCGAUCGGGUGGAGUAA